UGGGGGUGGCGGGAUAGGCUGGGCGCGGCCGGCGCUGCGGACGGGCUGCUGCUGUCUGUCCGUGCGGCGCGAGGGCUCUGCGUCCCGCCGGCGCCAUGGGCAACUGCCACACGGUGGGGCCCAACGAGGCGCUGGUGGUUUCAGGGGGCUGUUGUGGUUCCGACUAUAAACAGUACGUGUUUGGCGGCUGGGCCUGGGCCUGGUGGUGUAUCUCCGACACUCAGAGACUGUCUCUGGAGGUUAUGACCAUCCUGUGUCGCUGUGAGAAUAUUGAGACGUCGGAGGGGGUCCCGCUAUUCGUAACAGGGGUUGCACAGGUGAAGAUCAUGACAGAGAAGGAGCUCCUGGCUGUGGCCUGUGAGCAGUUCUUAGGCAAGAACGUGCAGGACAUCAAGAACGUCGUCCUGCAGACCCUGGAAGGGCAUCUGCGUUCCAUCCUUGGGACCCUGACAGUGGAGCAGAUUUAUCAGGACCGGGACCAGUUUGCCAAGCUGGUGCGGGAAGUGGCAGCCCCUGACGUUGGCCGCAUGGGCAUUGAGAUCCUCAGCUUCACCAUCAAGGACGUGUAUGACAAAGUCGACUAUCUGAGCUCCCUGGGCAAGACACAGACUGCCGUGGUACAGAGAGAUGCCGACAUUGGUGUGGCUGAAGCCGAGCGAGACGCAGGCAUCCGGGAAGCUGAGUGUAAGAAAGAGAUGUUGGAUGUGAAGUUUAUGGCAGACACCAAGAUUGCCGACUCCAAGCGGGCCUUUGAGCUGCAGAAGUCGGCUUUCAGUGAGGAGGUCAACGUCAAGACAGCUGAGGCCCAGCUGGCCUAUGAGCUGCAAGGGGCCCGUGAGCAGCAGAAGAUCCGGCAAGAAGAGAUUGAGAUUGAGGUUGUGCAGCGCAAGAAGCAGAUUGCAGUGGAAGCGCAGGAGAUCCUGCGCACAGACAAGGAGCUCAUCUCCACAGUGCGCCGCCCGGCCGAGGCGGAGGCCCACCGCAUCCAGCAGAUCGCAGAGGGCGAGAAGGUGAAGCAAGUCCUCUUGGCACAGGCAGAGGCUGAGAAGAUACGCAAAAUCGGAGAGGCGGAGGCAGCAGUCAUCGAGGCGAUGGGCAAGGCAGAGGCUGAGCGAAUGAAGCUGAAGGCUGAGGCCUAUCAAAAAUACGGGGAUGCAGCCAAGAUGGCCUUGGUUCUGGAGGCCCUGCCCCAGAUUGCUGCCAAAAUCGCUGCCCCACUCACCAAAGUUGACGAGAUUGUGGUCCUCAGUGGGGACAACAGCAAGGUGACGUCAGAAGUGAACCGACUGCUGGCAGAGCUGCCUGCCUCGGUACAUGCCCUCACGGGCGUGGACCUCUCAAAGAUACCCCUGAUCAAGAAUGUUACCGGUGCACAGGUGUGAGGCUCCUGCCGGCCUCCACCCUUCAGCAGCCGCCUGCCCCUCCCUCCGUUUUAACACCACAGGGACAACAGGAACGAUGCUGACUCUGGUGCCUUAUUUUGCAGGGACCAGAAGUGCUGCCCGUUCAGUCCAUCUCUGGCUGUCUUCCCUCCUCUCCUGUCUAUCUCUUCCUCUUCUUCUCCUCUACCUCAUACCCUCACUCUCACUGCCACGGUCAUCCAGUCUGUCUCUUCUGCCCUCAUUUCUCUGUGCAUCUCUUCCUCUGUCUUUUCCUCUCCCCCUCUCCUUAUACCCCUUAUGCACAUCAUGUAGUUUAAGAUGAAGAUGUUUAUUAUAAUCACUGUCUGUGGGGGUGGCCUUGCUGCUCCUCAGAAUCCUGGUGCCUUGAAGUUCUCCGUGUACCUGUCUGUCCUCCUGGGACCCUGGCCAGAGCCCAGCAUGGGUGGAGAGGUCCUGGGUGGGAUGGCUGUUCUACCCUCUCUUGGCCAGGUUUUCCCAGCCCAGAACCCUACUCCAGGAGGCCCACAGCCACUCACUUGUGCCCCUCUAGGCCUGGGUAGCCAGGGCCUGCAAGUCCCAGAGCCAUUGUCCCUUCAUUUCAUCCCUCCCAGGCCCAGACCUGCCGUCAUCCCUACCUGUCUCCCUGACUCUGGGGCACAGAGGCAAGGCCUCCUGUCUAGAGCAGCUCCCUCAGUUUGCUACUGCCUUAGGAGGCCCUGCUUGUGUUCAGGGAAGUCCCAUCCAUAGGCGUGUCCCUGCUAAAUGGGAUGGAUCCCAACCUGCAAAGCCUUUCUGGGGUCAAGGUCUAGCCCUGUUGGGAACAGCAAAGUGUGUAUACCCUCUUUCUGCUAGUGCUGCCCUACCCUGCGUAUGGGGCCCUCCCACUGGGCAAGGCUGUGCCGACCCUGUCCAGAGUCAAGUGCUGUUCCUAGAGUGGCCUGGCCCCACUCCCCUUGUGCCAUCUUGCUUCCCGGCCAAAGUGAUGGGGUUCCAGCCAUGGGAAGCGGCCCAGUCCUCUUUCUUCUUGUGCCAAUGGAGGUAGAAGAGGCCAGAGCCCAAGCAUCCGGGCAGGGGAGGGGUGCAGUGGGUGUCCCAUGGUCCCAGUCCCCCCACUCUGGGCCCUGCCCCAGCCUGUGUAGCUGUUCUGCAUGUGGAUGCUGCAUGUCUGGUCUGGGGCUUGGAUGUUGCACUGCCCCACUGCCUGUCCCCUCCAGUAAAAUAAAGAUCUCUUAUGCAGAC